AUGUUUUCAUCCAACAAGAGAAUACUCAUCACAUUGUUGUUAUUGGUGAUUGUGGUGAUUGUGUCCAUCCAUGCACAAGCAACACCAGAACCAUCAUCUGCAAGUGAUCCACCUCAACCUGAAUCAUCAGAUCCACCAACACCAGAGCCAUCAUCAACCGUAGAUCCAGAAUCAUCUACAAGUGAUCCACCUCAACCUGAACCAUCAUCUGAAAGUGAUCCACCUCAACCUGAACCAUCAGAUCCACCUCAACCUGAACCAUCAGAUCCACCUCAACCUGAACCAUCAUCGACAGUGGAUCCACCUCAACCUGAAUCAUCAGAUCCACCAACACCAGAGCCAUCAUCAACCGUAGAUCCAGAAUCAUCUACAAGUGAUCCACCUCAACCUGAACCAUCAUCUGAAAGUGAUCCACCUCAACCUGAACCAUCAGAUCCACCUCAACCUGAACCAUCAGAUCCACCUCAACCUGAACCAUCAGAUCCACCAACACCAGAGCCAUCUGAUGCAAGUACAACAACAACACCUGAUCCUCAAGAAUCGAGCACUACAACUUCACCACCAGAAGAAUCAAGCACUCCUACAUCUGAACCAAGCACUCAACCUGAUGAUACCCAACCAACUUCUGACGAUUCUACGAAUACUCUUUCUAUAAACGAAGAUGCCAUGUUUGAAAAUACACUGAGUUUACAAAUGAAGAAAAAUAGAUGUUCAAGAGCGAAUAGAUCUUGUCAUAAGAAAUGCAGAAAGGGAACUGAAAAACGGUAUUACUUGAAUGGUCAUGGAUGUAUUUUCUGUGAGUGUAGCUAA